AUGGCUAACAUCUCUCUUGGCCCUGGACCCGUCGUCAUCCCGCUCUCUGACUGGGCUGAGGAGAGCAUCUCCGCUAUCUACAAGGCGUCGAGCCAGAGCGAGUUCAGCAGCGCGUUCGACGCGUUCGUCAGCGAGGACCCGGAGAUCACUGUGAACGACAAGCAAAUCAGCCGUGCGCAGUACAAGGCGCUGCUCCAGGGUGAGCGUGCGCUCGAGCAGUCCGCCUCCGUGGCUUUCCUCGGUGUCGUCGAGGCGGGCUCCGUUGGUGUCUUCUACAGGGCGACUAUCUACGAGAGGAUCAAGGUUGGCGGGGCCUCGCAGACUGCCACGGUCAACUCGUCUUUGAACAUUGUGUACGUAUUCGAUGGCUCUCCGCGCGGUGACGUCAAUUGA